AUGAUUCAUCCUGGUUAUGAUGAGAGUCAACCUCGAUCCACGUACACUGAUUCAAGAUCAGCCAGAACACCAACACAUGCUUCUGUGAACGUAACCCAGUAUGAAGAAGACCAGGCUGAAACUGUUAUAUCCGCUACGACCGCUGUCAGUCAACCCGACGCGUUAUGCUGUGUGUCUUUAAGAGCGAGAGAGAAGAACGUAUGUAUGCCUACCGCAGUGGUAUCGGUGGUCGAUUGUUAUGGAAAGGAACACUUUGCACGCGCAAUUUUGGACAGCGCAUCACAGGCUAAUCUGAUGACGGAAAGAAUGGCUCAACUACUCAGGUUAAGACGGAGCAAAGUAAACCUGCUCGUGAAUGGAGUUGGGGGACAUCCAAAACUGGCAACAGAGUCUGUCACAACACAGAUCCGUUCCAGAAGGAAACAAUUCACAACCAACAUUGACUUUAUUAUUCUCGAGAAAAUUACCCCGAAACUGCCGGCGCAAACCUUUUCCAUUGAAAAUUGGAAGAUUCCCGACGACGUCCUUUUGGCUGACCCUGAAUUCAACCGUAGCAGUGAGGUUGAUUUGCUGAUCAGCAAUGAGCACUUCUUCACAUUUUUCACAUCCUCCGCCAGAAUUGAGUUGUCCAAAUCAUUACCAUUUCUUGUUGACAGUGUUUUUGGGUGGCUCGUGUCCGGUGCCCUAAACGCCGAGCCAGCAGUGAGCAAUGCCAUCUCUUGCAAUAUUACGACGGUCUCAUUGAAUUCGCUUCACGAAAACCUGGAAAAAUUCUGGAAAAUAGAAGAGUUACCUAUCAGAUCGGAUCGAUCGCCCCAUGAGAAAAAAUGUGAGGAGUUUUAUAUCAAAACUGUUUCGAGAAUGCCCGAUGGACGAUACAUAGUCCGCCUUCCACGUCACACAAACUUUGAGACUAUGACAGGCGAGACAGAGGCGAUUGCUAGAAGACGAUUCGAACUGCUGGAAAGACGACUAGAAAAAUCUCCGGAGCUAAAGGGCGAAUACCAUCGUUUUAUGUCGGAAUAUCUUGCUUUGGGCUAUAUGCGACCUGUUCAAAACAAAGAUUCUGCUCCAAUAGCAUGUUACCUCCCACAUCACCCUGUCGUCAAGCACUCGAGUACAACCACCAAGGUCCGCGUUGUGUUUGAUGCAUCAGUGAAGACAAACUCGGGGUUUAGCUUAAAUGAUGCACUGCUUGUAGGCCCUGUCGUACAAGAUGACCUUCUCUCGAUUAUAUUGCGCUUUCGAACCUACCCUGUCGCCCUCGUCGCGGAUAUAGAGAAAAUGUACCGCCAGGUUAUGAUGCACCCCGAAGAUACCCCUACGCAACGAAUUCUUUGGCGUUUCAGUCCUGAUCAGCCUGUGCAGAUUUAUGAGCUAUUAACCGUUACGUACGGAAUGGCCCCCUCUUCAUUUUUAGCCACACGUACACUUCAACAGCUUUCCAGUGAUGAAGGUAACGCUUACCCCAGGGGCGGGCCGGCAUUGCGAAAAGGUUUUUAUGUUGAUGAUUUUAUUGGAGGCGCAUCAACCAUACAAGAAGCGAUACACAUGCGAGACGAGCUCAUUGAGUUACUGGCGAAAGGAGGAUUCCCCCUGCGAAAAUGGUCAUCAAAUAAGCUACAAGUACUAGAAGAUUUAGCCACCGAUCAGACUGCCGUGCGAGAUUCACAUCGUUUUGAUGCUGACGAAACAGUGAAAACUUUAGGAGUAUGUUGGGAACCAGAAAAGGAUACGCUGCGCUUUGAUACUGAAAUGCAAUUGGGAAGUGGAAAGCCAACAAAACGGUCGAUACUUUCCACCAUUUCUCGAUUGUUUGAUCCACUCGGCUUAGUUUCACCUGUUGUUAUCCGUGGUAAAAUGAUUAUUCAACAAUUAUGGUCACUUCCUUGCGGAUGGGAUGAUAAAAUUCCUGAAACUGUAGAGAAAAAUUGGAUGAAAUAUGUUCAGCAGCUCCAAGAGUUGUUUCAGUUUCGCAUAGACCGCUAUGCCUUACUACCAGACGCCAGUAUACAGUUGCAUAUAUUUUCCGAUGCCUCAGAGAAGGCCUACGGUUGCUGCAUUUACGCACGGUCCAUCAAUGCAACUGGCAACAUUCGUGUGGAGCUACUCGCGUUGCCCCUUUGA